AUGGGUAUUGAAGAUGUAUACUUCGAGAAGAAGAUCAACAAAGAUAAAGAUGUCGAGCCAACAGAGUUUGAGGAGUCGGUUGCCCAGGCUUUCUUUGAUUUGGAGAAUAGCAACAUAGAUCUAAAAAGUGACCUCAAAGAUCUCUACAUUAAUUCAGCAGUUCAGAUUGAUGUAUCUGGUGGCCGGAAAGCUGUUGUUAUCCAGGUUCCGUACAGAUUGAGGAAAGCUUUUCGCAGGCUUCAAGUUAAGCUUGUGAGGGAGAUUGAAAAGAAGUUCAGUGGCAAGGAUGUGAUUCUUAUUGCUACACGGAGGAUAUUAAGGCCUCCAAAAAAAGGCUCUGCUGUUCAGAGGCCACGCAGCCGCACAUUAACUGCUGUACAUGAAGCAAUGCUAGAAGAUAUUGUCUUACCUGCUGAGAUUGUCGGGAAGCGUAUUAGAUAUAGAAUCGAUGGAACCAAGAUGAUGAAGGUCUAUUUGGACCCAAAGGAACAGAACAACACAGAGUAUAAGCUCGAGACCUUUUCUGCAGUUUAUAGGAAACUUGCCGGAAAAGACGUCGUGUUUGAGUUUCCAGUUACCGAGGCAUAGAUAGACCCUCUUCAAAGUUUUUGAUGCCUUUUCCUUGUCUGUUUUACCCCCCAAAACUGUUUUUUGUUGCGGAGCACCUUAAAAUUUGAGAUUUAUGAGUACCUGUGUGUGUAACUUAUCUAGUGUUCACGCUUCUUUGGUGUGGAAUACAAUAUUGCCCGUUAUAUUGUGCCA